UUCACGGUAUUUUUGAUAAAGCUGUGGAAUGGAAAGAGGUCCUGUAAUAAAGAGGGAUCCGAACAAGCUCAGAAAGAAAAUGAAUUUCAAGGGGCCGAGGCCAUGGUCCUGGAGAGCGUUAUGUUUGCCAUUCUCGCGGAGAGAUCGCUUGGGCCAAAGCUGUAUGGCAUCUUCCCACAGGGCCGCCUGGAGGAGUUCAUCCCGAGCCGGCGAUUAGACACUGAAGAAUUAAGUUUGCCAGAUAUUUCUGCAGAAAUAGCUGAGAAAAUGGCCACAUUUCAUGGUAUGAAAAUGCCAUUCAAUAAGGAACCAAAAUGGCUUUUUGGAACAAUGGAAAAAUACCUAAAUCAAGUGCUGAGAAUUAAAUUUACCGGGGAGGCCAGAGCGAAGCAGCUCCACAGAUUCCUCAGUUACAAUCUGCCUUUGGAACUAGAGAGCCUGAGAUCAUUGCUUGAAUCCACUCCAUCUCCAGUUGUAUUUUGUCACAAUGACUGUCAAGAAGGUAACGUCUUAUUGCUGGAAGGGAGAGAGAAUUCAGAAAAACAGAAACUGAUGCUCAUCGACUUCGAGUACAGCAGUUAUAAUUACAGGGGAUUCGACAUUGGGAAUCAUUUCUGUGAAUGGAUGUAUGAUUAUAACUAUGAAAAGUACCCGUUUUUCAGAGCAAACAUCCUGAAGUACCCCACCAAGAAACAGCAGCUUCAUUUUAUUUCUAGUUACUUGGCUGCAUUCCCAAAUGAAUAUGAAAACCUCAGUAAUGAAGAGAAGUCCGUUAUUGAAGAAGAAAUGUUGGUCGAAGUCAAUAGGUUUGCCCUCGCGUCCCAUCUCUUCUGGGGACUUUGGUCCAUCGUACAGGCCAAGAUUUCAUCCAUCGAAUUUGGGUACAUGGACUAUGCCCAAGCAAGGUUUGAUGCCUAUUUCGACCAGAAGAGGAAGCUGGGGGUGUGACUGUGGGAGGACCGCGUGCACCUCACCCCUGCACGGCGUGGGGGCGGCCGAGCCAGCGGCCCCUCUGUGCUUCCACUCCUGUUCCUGCGGCAAGAGGCUGGCCGCCUCGCCGCCGCACCGGCGUGUGUGAUACAAAAGACUGUAUUAAAACUGCGUAACAUUUCCUGCAUAUCUCGUUUACGACUUCGCUAGGACCCAGAUGAGAUCGGGAAGCAGAAAUAGAGUAUACUAGUGCAAUAUCUCAGAUUCCUUUUAAUCUACAGGGCAUUUCGUAUUUGGGGCCUGAGGCUUUCGGUCAGAUACGGUGAACGGCAAGAGUCAGCAGUGUUACCGCAGGUACAUUUUUGGUUGAUGUUGAUUUUUACAGGAUUUCAAUCACUCUGCUGGUGAGCACUGUGACCAGGCUCUCUGUAGGUGACAAUGUGUGUAGACUGCUCACUCCCAAGGGCGGUGAGCGACGGGACAGACUGUGACAUGGCUCCUCCGGAAGCUGCUCCUUCGCCGUUCAGUCCACGUGGCUGGUGCUGAGACAGCAGGCUGCGUAGGGCGGGUGCGGGCAGCGCCCGGGGACCUGCCGGACGUAUGGUUACGCGGACGAACCUGCCGCUGACUGGACUCAGCCCCUGCCGCGCCCUCCUCCUGGCUGAGCGUGCUUUAUCCACCCCGGCUUCAGGCAGGCAGUGAGCCAUGGCCACAGAGGGCUGCCUGCUGGACAGGUGUGGGGACAUGCAGACACACACCACCCAUCCGCCCUCCCCGGGGGGAGCAGGCCGCUCUGCUCCCCACUCUGCCUUUUUCCUCCACUACUGCUCACCCUGAACUGGGGGUCCUGUGACAGGGCUGGCUGCUCCUGGCGUGCCAGCUGGGGAGAGGGAAACCCUGGCCUGGGCGCUCAGCCAGCUCACCCCGCCCUCACUGUUCCCUGGUGCCCCCCAUGUGCUCCAUCCGGUGGGAAACAGCAGUCUGUAUGUGGGGGCGUGGCUAGAGUAUAGCUGUGAAAUCCGUAUAUAUUAAAUGUCCUUUGGGAUAAAUUCUUUUUUGACUCUGAACUCUUAUUUGAAUUGUUUUUGUACAUAUAUUUCUGCUACCACAGAUUGUACUAUACAAACAAUAAAAAAAUAACCCAUCUUCA